AAGAAAUAAAAGCCUAAAAAUACUAAGGAAAACACAUAAUAUGGAAAAUUUACUGAAGUAUAAAAAGUUGCAAGCAGAGGUGAGAAGAGUUGUUAAAAAAGCAAAAAGAGAAAGUUGGAGAAUUUUUUGUGGACAAAUAGGGAGAACUAUGCCGAUAAGUAAUGUUUGGGGAAUGAUAAGAAAAAUGAAAGGAAAAGAUGGAGUUAUCCAGUGUUAAAAGUAGGAGAUGAAUUAGCUGUAACUAAUGAGGAAAAAGUAGAAGUACUUGUUAAAAUAUUUGUUAAAUUCCACAGUACUGAUAAUUUAUCAGAAGAAAGAAGAGAAAGGAGAGAAGUAACUAGAGGAGAAAAUGAAAUACAAGGGGGAGGAGAUGGGGAAGAUAAUUUUAAAAGUACUAUGGAUUUGCCUUUUUCUUUGUUUGAGUUGGAACGUGCAUUAGCUACAACAGGUAUGACUAGUCCAGGAAAAGAUCAAAUAUGCUAUAUAAUGUUAAAACAAUUAGGGAAACAAAUGAAAUUAAAAUUAUUGGAGAUUUAUAAUUUGAUAUGGAAAACAGGAACAUUGCCAAAAAAAUUGGAAAGAAGCAGUUAUUGUACCAAUAAUUAGGGUAGGAAAGGAAUCAAGUAGUACAAAUAGUUAUAGACCCGUUGCAUUAACAUCUCAUAUAGGUACAAUAAUGGAAAGGAUGGUAGUGGAUAGAUUAACAGAUUAUUAAGAAAGAAAUAAAAAGAUAUCACUGUAUCAAAGUGGAUUUAGGAAAGGGAGAGGCACGAUGGAUGCAAUUGUUUAUUUAGAAACAGAAAUUAGAAAAGCAUUAAUUAAUAAAGAGAGUUUAGUGGUAGUCUUUUUUGAUGUAGAAAAAUCCUAUGACAUGGUGUGGACAGAGGGAGUGUUAAUUAAACUUAAAAAAUUAGGAGUAGGAGGAAGAAUGUAUAACUGGAUUAAAGAUUUUUUGAGUGAGCGAAAUAUUCAAGUAACAAUAGGAAGUACAUUUUCUAGGGGAUGUGAAGUAGAAAAUGACACUCCUCAAGGAAGUGUCAUUAGUCCGAUAUUAUUUACUAUUAUGAUAGAUGAUGUGUUUCAGAAUGUGGGGAAUGAGUUUGGUAAGGCAUUAUUUGCAGAUGAUGGAGCAAUAUGGAAGAAAGGGAAAAAUAUCCAAUAUGUGCAAAAGAAAGUUCAGGAAGCAAUUAAAAUGGUGGAAAACUGGUCAUAUGAAUGGGGUUUCAAAUUUUCAGUGGAAAAAACUAAAAGUAUGGUGUUUACAAAAGGCAAGAAGAAAGUAAUGGAGAAUUUAACAUUGUAUGGAAAAGAGUUGGAGCAAGUAGAUAAGUUUAAAUAUUUAGGAGUAAUAUUUGAUUAAAAGUUAAUAUGGAAGGAUAAUAUAACUAAAAUAGAGGAAAGAUGUAAGAAAGUAAUAAAUAAAAUGAGAUGUGUGAGAGGAUAUGAGUGGGGGGCUAGCGCUCAGGCGUUAAAAAACAUAUACAGUGCAAUGAUACGAUCAGUGAUAGACUAUGGGGAUAUAGUUUAUAGUUCAGCAUCUAAAACAUUAAUGAAAAGGAUUGAAAUCAUACAAAGUCAAGCAUUAAGAGUGUGUUGUGGAGCACGGAAAACUACACCUGUUGUGGCUCUACCGGUGGAAAUGGGAGCGAUGCCAAUACAGCUUAGAAUAAAACAGAUAGCUUUAAAUUAUUGGGCAAGUAUACGAGGGUGUGAGGACAACGACCAUAUGGCAAAAAGGGCACUGAGUCCGUGUUGGGAAACGGAGAAAAUAAAGAAGGAAUAUGGUAGCUGGAAAGUGCAAGAUUGGGCAAAAGAGAGCAAGGUCCAAGAUAAAGUACAAAUUAAAAAGUUUUUAUAUACAGUUAAUCCAAAAUGGAUAUCUCCAGAAGUGUGUGUUGAUUAUAAUAUUUAUGAUAAAAUAAGAAGCAGUGGGGGGAAAGGAGAUUGGGAUAAAAUUACAGAAGAUAGAUUAAACAGCUAUGAGUCUCUUGUGCAAAUCUUUACAGAUGGAUCAAAGGAACUGGUAGGGGGGGAAACCGGUUUUGCAUUUGUGAUACCACAUAUAGGAGUAGUAGUUAGGAAAAGAACUCCAGAUCAUUUAUCUGUGUACACAGUGGAGAUGAUAGCUAUCUUAUUUAGUCUUCAAUGGAUGGAACAAAAUAGAAUUAAAAAAGGAAUUAUAUGUACUGAUUUGUUAUCUGUAUUAGUGUCAGUUAAAUUAAUGUCUACCAAAAGUCGAAUAGAUAUUUUAUAUGAAAUAUAUGAAACCAUAUUUAGAUUAAGGAAAUUGGGUACAGAAGUUAAAUUUUUAUGGGUACCGGCACAUAGAGGAGUAUAAGGAAAUGAAAUGGCAGAUUCUUUUGAGAAAAAGGCAAUAAGAGAGAGAGAAAUAAUAAAUAUUGCAAAUAGUGCCGCUGAAAUUAAAUCUAUCAUUAAAUCACAUAUAUGUCACGGGCUGUUUUUAUUCUCACAAUCAAUGUUUUUAGGUCUAAGAGUCUGCAGGUGGGCGUGUCUGGAGAGCAGGAGCAACAGCCAGCUGCAGCUCAUCUCCAAUCAUCCUCCAGGGUGUAUUUAAGGAGCUGACUUCCUCAACACUCUUGCCGGAUGAUUACUCAACCUGGGUAGUUCGAGUCAGAAUAAAAAUCUAUUGUUAAGCUAAAGAUUAAAACUUAGACUAAGAAAUGUUUUUGUGAAGCAGCUUUCUACCAGACUAGGACCACGAUUAAUCCUUCCUCUUAUCCCUUCAAGGAACCAUCUCCUCCAGCCAUUUCCAAGAACUUUUCAUCAGCUCCACUUCAUUCAGCUCCAACCCCUGGCUGUACGCUCUCCACUACGCCCCUACCGCCUACCCUUUCAAGCUCACCACACAGGAACCCUGGACCUCGUCUUCAUCAGGACCCCUUUACAACCCUUCUUCAUAAACCAACCUGUGCUCCUUCGUAUGCCCUCUAGCCACCUCCUGACAAACAUCCUGGCACAUCCUGCAUCAGUUUGAGCAGCGCUUUGAGUUCUCCAGUUUAAAAUAAAUUAUUUAUUUUCUUAUCUCCCUCUUCCCAUCUCUGAUUCUGCAUGUCGUGGGUCAAAAGAAUACCACAGAACAUGACAGAAUCAUCCGGCCCGAAUCCCGACCCCGUCGCAGGAUCAGUUUCCCCCACCGUCUCUGAAACCCUCGCCAGCCACGAAUCAGCCAUACAAUCUCUGUUAGAACAGCUCUCCAAUGCUAACCAACGACUGUUUCAGAUGGAUACCAUGUUGCACCAAGUCCACACACAACUUGCCACCCCGGGACCCCCCUCCUCAGAGGCUUCUGCCCCGGGCCCCGCUGUCUGCACCCCACAGGCACUUCCGGGGUCUGCAGCUCAGUUUUAUUUCCGGGUCGCGGACUCACCACCUCCCGAAACUUUCUCCGGUGAGUACGGCAAAAGCCGGGGAUUUUUGCUACAUUGUAGACUGGCAUUUGAAAGAUCCCCAGAUUCUUUUGUUAACGAUUCCGCUAAGAUAUCGUAUAUAGUGGGUCUACUCCGGGGCAAAGCCUUGCAAUGGGCCGAAUCAAGGAGUCGCCAAGCUAGUUUUCUCCAAGGGCCGUUAACUGACUUUUUGGCUGACUUUAACUUAAAUUUUGGGGACGUUGAGUCCCAAAUGGAGCUGGCUAAGAAUAUUUGGAACCUACAUCAAGGACGUCAAUCAGUAACGGAUUUUGCCAUAGAAUUCAGGACUUUAGCAGCCAACUUCUCUGGGAGUGGUGACAUGUUGAAGGGAGCCUUUGCCCAAGCACUAAAUGAUCGCAUUAAAGAUCAAUUGGCUUACUGUCAGGAACCAUCGACCCUUGAGGAACUUAUUGCCCUGGCCAUACGCAUAGACAAAAGACUAAGAGAACGUAGUGGGAGUGUCUCUUUUGCUUCUUCAGCACCGCGCCGGGCUUCUUCACCCCCUUAUCGAGCUCGCCCCCAGGAACCACCAUCUCUUUCUCCCUCCUGCAUAAUCGGAUCCAUCACUUGGGACAUCAAGGACAAAGUCCUGGAGGCUCAGAAGACCGAGCCUGAUCCAGGUAAUGGACCUCCUAACCAGAUUUUCGUUCUCUCCACAGUACGGGCCUCAGUCAUCCAGUGGGCUCACACAGCCAAGUUUUCCCUACACCCGGGGGUUGGAAGAACUGUAAGCCUGAUCAGACGUUUCUUCUGGUGGCCUUCUCUAUUUAAGGACGUCAAGAGUUAUAUAAAUGCAUGUCAUGUCUGUGCCCGUAACAAGAGCAGCAACCAGCCCCCUUACGGCCUUCUCAACCCUCUCCCUAUCCCUUCACGACCAUGGUCACAUAUUGCUCUGGAUUUUGUCACCGGCCUUCCCCCAUCCCGUGGUUUCAAUGUUAUCCUUACAGUUAUAGAUCGCUUUUCUAAGGCCUGUCACCUCAUCCCUCUUAAGACUCUCCCUUCCUCUGCAGAAACUGCUACCCUCCUAGUUAAACAUGUUUUCCGCCUUCAUGGAACCCCCUCUGAGAUCCUCUCCGACCGAGGCCCCCAGUUUGUCUCCAGGGUUUGGAAGGAGUUUGCUGCCCAACUGGGGGCUCGUGUCGCCCUCUCCUCAGGUUUACAUCCCCAGACCAACGGUCUCUGUGAACGGAUGAACCAGGAACUGGAGGCGGUGUUACGUUGCCUGUGUUCAUCCAUCCCCUCUGGGUGGAGCUCCCAGCUGGCGUGGAUUGAGUAUGCCCACAACGCCCAUACCUCUUCCUCCACUGGUCUCUCCCCCUUCGAGGCUUCCCUUGGGUUUAAACCACCUCUGUUUCCCUUGGACAACUUGUCUUCCACCUCUGUGCCACAGUUCAUACGCCAAGCCCGACGCACCUGGUCCCUCACCUCAGCGGCUCUUCGUAGAACGGCGGAACGCAAUCGCCGCUUGGCUGACCGCCAUCGACGGCCCACCCCUUCCUAUGCCCCUGGGCAAUCAGUUUGGCUCUCAACAUGCAACAUCAAUCUCAAGAACUCCUGUAAGAAGUUGUCCCCUCGUUUUAUCGGUCCAUUCAAGAUCUCAGCAAUCAUUAACCCUUCAUCGGUCCGCCUCGACCUCCCAGCAUCCAUGAAGACACACCCCAUCUUCCACGUCUCCCACAUUAAGCCUGUGUCUGCCAGUCCGCUGUGCCCCCCUCCUACUCCUCCCCCUCCGGCCAGGCUUGUCGGUGGAGGUCUCGUCUACCAGGUUAGGCGCUUGCUGGAUGUGCGUCGCCGCGGCCGUGGAUACCAAUACCUGGUUGACUGGGAGGGCUAUGGACCUGAAGAGCGGUCCUGGAUACCCCGCUCCUUUAUUGAGGAUCCUUCCCUGAUUAGGGACUCUGAGGCCUCCCGGGCCUCUGCCACUGCCUCUGCCAGGACGCCAGGAGGCGUCCCUUGA